CGCCUUUUACUCAGUUCAGUGAGGAAUAACCAAGAAUAUUUGGUGGAUUGUGAUUUGUUGUGCCAUACUGUUUUUGAGCAAUCCGCGAAAAUUAAGGAGCAAUGAAGUUCUUUGUCGUUUUUGCUGUUGUUUUAGCUACCGCUCUAGCUGCUCCGCCUCAAGAGGAACGCGAUGCGCAAAUUAUUAACUACGAGAAUGACAAUCUGGGAAUCGAAGGAUACAAAUUCGCCUACGACACCAGCAAUCAAAUCAACCGACAAGAACAAGCCCAGCUGAAAAGCUUCGGUGAUGAUAUCAGUGCCCUGGUGGUGAAAGGAUCAUAUUCGUACACCGGCGACGAUGGUCAGGUUUACACCGUGAAUUAUAUUGCCGAUGAGAACGGAUUCCAACCGGAGGCUGCCCAUAUUCCACGGGCUUGAGGUCGUGCACCGAGCGUCUCUGGGAAAGCUCUGAACAGUGUGUGAACAGUGUCUCUUUGUCCUCUGUAAGGUGAUAUUAUGGAAUAAAACAACUAGUCAUAAGUGUA